UAUUGACUUUUUAUCCGGAUUGACAAAUUAGAACCGAUUAAAACCGAACCGUAAAUUAAUGAGAGAAUUAAUUUGGGCCUAAGAGCCAACGAAUUAAAAAAGCCCAACGCUUCAAAACUCAGAAAUUGAACCCUAUGGCUAAGAUCGACGCCGGUUCUCAUCGCCGGCCGAAACCUCGACUCGUGCCAUCGUCAGUUUCAUUUCUGCUUCUUCUCUCUCGUUGCUUGACCAUUUAUGUGGUUUGGUUCACUUCAGGUCAUACCAAGCACAGAGAAAAGCAUUUGGGGAAGAGUAGGUUUUGCGAUCUGUGAUUUUCUGAGGAGAAACGAAAAUGGCGUUUAGAGGGAAGGAGAUGAUGAAGAAGCUGGUAAAGAAAGUUGGAGCGGAGAAUAUCACGCCGGAGCUCAAGGAGAAGCUCAAGGCUUGUGUUCCUGAUACCAAAGUCGUCAUGGGCAGAGCCAAACGCGGUCUCUACGCCGGCCGCCACAUCCAGUACGGAAACCGUGUCAGUGAAGACGGUGGAAACAAGUCAAGAAGAUGUUGGAAACCGAAUGUCCAGGAGAAGCGAUUGUUCAGCUACAUAUUCGACAGUCACAUUAAAGUCAAAGUCACAACACACGCUCUUCGCUGCAUCGACAAAGCAGGAGGAAUAGACGAGUACCUGCUGAAAACACCAUACCAAAAGAUGGACACAGAGAUGGGUCUUUACUGGAAAACCAAAGUAGAGGCAAGAUAUGCAGAGCUGGGUCAAAUGGAAGUAGCCUUCUUCAAUCCAGAGGAUGAAGCCAAGUUGGAACAAGGAUUCAAAGACUUGAAUAUAGCUAAGAAAGAUGCUCGUCGGGAAGCUAGAAGGACGUUUCGAAAGAAAGGUGGAGGAAACAAAGGUGAUGAAGAAGCUUCUAUUGAAGGUGGUGGAGGGUCAGAGUCACACCAAGAAGAUGAUAAUGGGUGGUUAGAAGCUAAAGCUUAGUGGCUGCUCUCUUUUCUUUUGCUGAGUUUCUUCAACGUUUUUAGAUUUUGGAAGAUGUGAGAGGUAUGUGAGGUUGUAGGUUAUAGGUUCGAUUCCUCCCUACGAAUCCCAUAACUCAGCGUUUUGACUUUGAUCAAUGUCGAAAAAGUCUUGUAAUAAAUGGUUUACACCUCUUUGAAAUCUUUAUUUACCAUUUUUACAUACUUGUCAUUUUCUUUCGAUUCCUCAUCUCCAAUGGUGGGUGACCUUUUAGUGAUUUUAGUAUUAUACAAUAUAUCCAAAAUAAAUUGAAAUUUUGUUCAUA